AUAAAAUAUAAACAAUGACAGUUGGUACUUGUGGCAUGAACACCGUCGCCUGCCAGUCCGUCCUUUGGUGUGAUCAGUAUUCUCAACUCGUUUCCAAGAGCUAUAGGAGCUCGUACUAGUUCUCUCCAUUUGCCAGUCGAGCUCAUGGGCUUCUUAUGGCUGUGUCGCCGGUUGAUCCGGAUAUUUAUAGAUGUAACUGUGAUCCUGCUGAUCAUUGCCCUUCUUCCUGGUUUUCCUCCAAAUGUGUCUUUCACUUCAUAUGAGUUAGAUGAAUGUUUACCAUUGGAAGGGCCCUUAGCAAAGAAUAAUGAGCUGGAUGCCGCAGAUAGGAUUUUGGAUGGCAAAAUUGUUGGUCCUGAAUCCAUUGCCUCUCGUGACCCAGAGGAAAUCUUUGUGAGCUUACAUGGUGGCAAGAUUCUUCGUAUCUGGGGGCCUAGAUUUGAUCAUUUCAAGACAGUAGCUGCAAUUGGGCCUGGUUGUGAUGGCCCUUGGCAAGAGAGUGUGUGUGGCCGACCACUUGGACUAAGGUUUGCUCCUGAUGGACGUUUAAUAGUAGUUGAUGCUUAUCUUGGUCUCUUUGCUGUUGAUGUUGACACGGGCAACAAGGAGCUGUUAUUUGAUAUCUUCCAAGAAAUUGAUGGUGCCGUUCCUAAAAUACCUGACGACCUUGACAUAGACGCUGAGGGUAAUAUAUAUUGGUCAGAUGCUUCGACAGUUUGCACACUUGAAGAUGGCAUUGUGGAAUUUUUUAGUGAUCCAAGUGGCAGGUUGAUAAAGUUUGACCCUAAAACAAAAACCAACACUGUUCUAGUGAAGAAUGUCCAUUUUGCCAAUGGUGUCCAGUUAUCUCCUGACCAAGACUUCAUUUUGUUUUGUGAAACCUUCAGAAAUCGAGUGAAGAGAUAUUGGCUCAAAGGACCUAAAGCUGGCCAGACUGAUGUGUUUGUAGACAGACUUCCUGGCAUGCCUGAUAACAUCCGAGAUAAAGAUGAUGGUGGAUACUAUGUGUCACUUGUAUCUGUUCCCAAUGAUUUUUCCCGAAAAGGAAGAGCUAUCAUGGCAAAAUUGCCACUUGUUCGAAAGCUAAUUAUAAGGCUCCUCUUCAUAACAAAAUUACUUUUUAAAUCCUUUGACAAGUUUUAUCCCAAUCAGUACACUGGCUGUCUUGUCCAUAAGAUACUCAAUCUUCAACCUGUAGCAAAUGUAGUUCGCACAAACUUAACCAUAGUAGUUGAGCUUGAUAAAGAUGGAAAUAUUAUAAAUUCACUCCAAGGAAACUCUGGUAAAAUACAGCUAAUAUCGGAAACCAAGAAAGUUGGUAACAAUCUAUUUUUUGGAUCUCCAUACAAUAAAUAUCUUGGACGCUUCCCUAUUGGAGUUUCAUUUAUUGAAGUUGAAGGACAGGGUGUAAGGAUAAAGACAGAAAAAACCCCAGCUGUACAAAAAGAGGAAGAACAAGUAGAAAAGAAAGUUUUACUUAAUGAUGAAAAAAUUCAAGAUAUAGAACUAGGUGAAGUUGAUAGAAAAAUUGGAGAUCCUGUAAUAGAAAGUGAAGAAAAAAGUAAAAAGCCAAUUAUAGACGUAGAAACAAACACACAUAAUUUUAUAAGAGAAGCUGAGAGAAAACAGUCAGCAGAAGAUAUUCAAGAAGAGGUGAAAGCAAAACAAAAGGUAGAAGAUGCAGCAGACUUAAAAAGGGAAGAUGUAUUAGAGAAAGAAAGCACUAAAGUGUUUAGUGAAGAAAAACAAGUUGAUAGGACAGAGAAUGCUGGGAAAGAGGAGCUUUAGACAUUUUUUAUUGCUUUAAGAUAAUUUGCUUUCAAAGGGUUAUUAGAGUAAAUUUAUUAAAGGAUUUGAAAGAAAAUCAGCAAGCGCACUACAACAUUAUUUAUGUUUUCUACUUGUACAGCGUAUCUCUUGAUUAUUAGGAUACUAGCCACAGUAUCUGAAUUUCUUGAGUGUUUGGAUUUUGCAAUUUGUAGUAUUUUUCAGUAUACUGUAAAUAACUGGCUUAUUUAUGGUGAUAAAUGUCCAGAAAAUGGGACAUUGAAUUGAUGGCUAAUCUAAAUACAUGUACAGUACAGUUCAUAGCAAUAUUAUCUCCAGGAAUUUGGCUAAUUAAAUUUCCUAGGUGUUGCUGUCUUUGCCUCAUGUACACAGGGGAAUAAUUUUAUGAUCUUGAUAUUUUGGCAGUAAUAUAUUCAUCCUUCUUUGUGUAUAUUCAUCCACAUUACAGAACAUUUGCUAUUACAUCUGUAGUCACCACCGGCAUGCAUUUUAUGAGUCAACGUGCCAAAAAAAAUCAAGAUUCAUUCAUUAUCAUUAUCCUAUUCC